AUGACGAUUAGCACGAAGGAAGAUGUUACCCUGCCUGGACUGGGGAGAUCGGGGCCCCACCCUGAAGCCAGGCCUUGGGGGGAGCUCGUCGGCGAGGGUCUGGUAAAUGCCAGGGUGCCAGGUUGUGUGAAUCUUCCUGUUCUUCUUCCAGAGCGGCUGGUGGUGACGGGUGCAGAUGAGCCUGUCUAUGCACAAGCUGGAGAGGAUGUGACUCUCAGCUGCUCUGUGAACACCACUGUUAAUGUGACAGAGCUUCAGGUGGAAUGGAAAAAGACAGAAGAUGGCAUCAUGGUGCUUCAGUAUAAUAAAGGAAAGAUACCCGAGAGAUACUCUGGAAGAGCUGAAUUCUACAUUGAGGAAAUUCCCAAAGGAAACUUCUCAAUGAAACUGAGGAAAGUCAGGUUUGAAGACAAAGGAGAGUUCAAGUGUGACGUCCACUCAGAUACUGAUUCUAAGAGUACAACAGCCUGGAUAGCAGCAGUGGGUUAUUCAUCCUGGCAUUGGGGGAUUCUGGUGCUGUGCUUCGCUGUCAUACCUGUCGUCAUACUUACUGUUGCUUUACUUGCCAGAAAUUAUAUAAAGGAAAUUGAAAGCAGACAGGAUGAGUGUCGUAGGCUGUGCCUUGAGGGGCCCUAUGAGCAGUGGUCUGAGCUGCACCGUAAGCUGCACCGUGAGCUGCGCCGUGAGCGGUGCUGUCAGUGCCUACUUGUCGCAGUUCCAGCAGGCAUAGUUUGCAUUGCGUUCAUCCUGUGGGGUGUAACUGAAGGUGAGCCCAUUAAAUAUGGUUGAUAUGUUCUUGUAUUUUGAUUAAUUUAAAGAAUGUUUUAAAACAAAUUGAUAUAAAUUUUAUUCUGUCAUAUAAGUUUAUGAUUUAAAAUUGUUUUAUGGAUAACAGAGCAGCAGUAGUAAAUUAAAUGGAUUUAUGAAAGUUAAUUGGCUAAAGAUCCAGGAGAGAUCAGGAAUUUCACUAAUAAAUGUUUGUAUGUGUGAAGAACAAUGAAUUAUCUAAACUAGUUAAUAGCAGGUACGGAUUAUGAGUCCGUGGGCCCCUGGGCCAGACAACGAGAAAGCCCCCCC